GAUGAAACUACUCUCAUUAGAAAUGAUGGGAUGGAUUUCCGCUGGAUAUAUAGCUAGUUGUCGCGCCAAAUUUUCAGAACAGCUCGUCCAGUAACAUCAUCAUUUCAAUCUUCAAAGCACAGCCAAUUACACAAGAACCCUUUACCAUGGUGAACGGCAACAUCACUUUCGAUGACUAUCUCGGCUUAAACGCCUGCCUGGUCGAGUGGGCUGACAGCUAUGAUAGCAAGGACUGGGACAGACUGCGCAAGUGCAUUGCGCCGACACUGAGGAUCGACUACCGGUCUUUCCUCAACAAGCUGUGGGAAGCCAUGCCGGCUGAAGAGUACAUUGCCAUGAUUUCGAGCAAGGCGGUGCUGGGCGACCACUUGCUCAAGACGCAGCACUUUAUUGGGGGUAGUAAGUGGGAGAAGAUCUCGGACACUGAAGUGAUUGGGACACACCAGCUUCGCGUGCCGCAUCAGCGUUACGCAGACGAUACUCGUACCGUCGUCGCCGUCAAGGGACAUGCCCACGGCACAAACACCCACUGGUAUCGUAAGGUGGAUGGAGAAUGGAAGUUUGCCGGGCUCAGCCCCGAGAUACGCUGGGGCGAGUAUGAUUUUGACAAGGUUUUCGCCAGCGGGCGUGAUGAGUUUGGGGACGUUAAGGCUUCUGAGGGAGUUCCUCCUAAUAAGGAAAGCUAGUCUAAGAAAGUUCAAGAUCGUAUGUCUGUUAAGACGACGCUUUAGAUUCUUGGGCAUGUCGCUGUGACGAGGCGUACGAUUCUUUGGAUAUGUAUGCUUAGUAAUAUUAUGUGGUACUUAC